GCGAGUACUUCCGCUCCGGUCACGUGACACGUAGCGUAGUAACCAGCAAGUUUCCGGUGGCGCGGAACCGCGAGAGCGGUCAAAAAGACGGGCAGCGAUCGGACUUGCUGUGGAAAAGAAGCUUUCGUCUGCUCUCGCGCGUCCGACGACGAAACGCGACGGGCAGCAAGAUGCCGCCGGCCAAAUGCCAAUUUAAAGCAGGGGACCUCGUGUUCGCCAAAAUGAAGGGCUUCCCUCACUGGCCGGCCAGGAUCUGUAAAUGCGAUGAGCCACACAAGAGGCGGAUUGGUGUCUUCUUUUUCGGGACCCAUCAGAUAGGUUACCUCACACCGGCCCGCAUCAUCCCGUUCUCUGGUAACAAGUUGAAGUACGGCAGCGGCGUCCGCCUCAAAGGCUUCUCCGAGGGGAUGUGGGAGAUCCAGAACACACCUGGAAUUGGCAAGAAAAACACAUUUGCAGCCAAAAGUACACCCGGGAAACCAAGUGGCACUUUGAAAGCGACCUCUGAUGCACCGGCGACACCGGCUUCUCUCUUGAAGAAAACAACCGCCGCAGCCAAAAGCUCCCCCGCCCAGCCACCGUCGGCUGCAAAAUCACAGGGCACGCGACUGGGCGCCGAUGCAGACGUCGCCGCUAUGAAAGCAUCUCCUGAAGCGGCCGCGUGCGAUAGCGGCACCCUGUGCCUGAAGGAGUGUGUGGUCAAAUGCGUGCCGGCGAAGACCCCGCACGGUCCCGGGAGCGACGCAAACGACUCGGCGGCCGCUCGCCGGCCGACGGGCGCUCUGGCGGCAUCCGACGCAGAGGCAACGUGUGAGCCGGUGACAAAAACCCUGAGGAGAUCUUUAUCCAGGUCAUCUGCGCAAACGGAGGACAAUAAGAUGGAAACCCCGACCCCCCGGGAAGCCUCCGCGUCCCAAGGUGACGGCGUCGUGGCGCGGCGAAGGAGAGGGCGGCCGAGUAAAGCCUCGACACAGAAGAAAAGCGACGAGGCGCAGGCUGAAGAAGGCCAGGCGGCGACGAGCGGCGCACACCCGGUGGCCACGACGCUGCGACUGAAGCCAUGCCUGGUCAACUGCGUCCCGCCCCGCGGCCGCGCAAAGAGCGACGAGCCGGCCGAUCCGUCCCGACCGCCUGCGUCCGCGCCAGGGGCGCUUGCGCCAGCUGUGGUGAAGAGGAGGCCGGGGCGGCCGAGUAAAGCCGACGCGAAGAAGAGGGCCCAGGUUGCCAUUGAAGCGGCCGAGAGGUCGCACGAGGUCCCGUCUCCCCCAACCUCAAGCGCGCCACCCGAAUCGCACAGUGCACCCGCCGCUCCCGAAACGGCCGAAGGCGCUCCGACGUUAACGGCCGCCAUAAGCCGGGGCGGAAGCGGCGACCGGCGGGGGGCGGCGGCCGAGCUGGGAACGUCGGGGCCGAGCCGAGCGGGGAUGAGCGAGGAAAAAGACGGGGGGGAAAGAGCGGAGAAAGCGAUGACGCAGACGAUGGCGCGGGAGGCGGCGUCGAGCAGGGGAGGGAAGAGAAAGAAAGUCGGAGAGGGAAAGGAGACGACAAACCCGGAAGGAGCCCAGAAAGCGAAGGCGAAAACCGAGGAGUCGACGCCGAGCCCGGGAGGGACGAGGCGGAGCGGGGAAGGCUUUGAAAAAGAGGAGAGCGCGCGGCAACAAGGCGGGAAAGGACGGGCGCGGGGGGCCACGAAGGAGUCCGCGCCCGGCCGACCAGAGACGUCGGAGGUGAAAGAAGGAAAUCUGGAGGAGACCGAGCAGAAGGGGGGCGAGGGGGGGGAGGCCGACGUGACCGCCGAUGCGCCCGGCCGAGAAGAGAAGGUGAAAAGACAACAACGGAAGGAGACCGAGCAGCCCGGCGGCGAUGAACCAAAGACGGACUUGACGACGCCGAGCCCGGGCGAGGACUCGAAGACCCCGGAAGGGAAAACGGAGCAGACCGAGCGGGAAGGAGGUGAGGGGGAAAAGGCGCAGGUGUCAAUCGAGGAGUCGGCGCCGCGCCGAGGAAGAAAGAGGAAGCCGGCGGAAAUCUCCGAGACCGAGCGCAAGAGGGGCGAGGAAAGAAAAGCUGAGGACGCCACCGAGGAACCCGCGACGACGGGAGAGAAGACCAAAAGGGGAGGGGCGCAGGCCGCCCGGCAGCCACGAGGCGAGGAAGCUCAAACGGAAUCGACCGCAGACGAGUCGACGCCCGGCCGAGAGGGAAAGAUGAAGCGAAGAGAAAGGCGGGAGACCGAGCGGGCGGGAGCCGACGAAGGGAAGGCGGCGGAGUCGACGCCCGGCCCGGGAGAGGCGACCGCCAAGACGGCGCAAGGAACGGAAGAGGGGACCGAGCGGGGAGGAGGCGAGGAAAGAAUCACCGAAUCGACUGCCGGGGAGUCAACCCCCGGCAGUCGAGAAGGCAAGAUGAAGAGGAAAGACGGGGAGGAGGAUGAGCGAGGCGGAGGCGAGACGGAGCCCACGGCGGAAGAGUCGACACCCGGCCGAGGAGAGAGGUCGACGGCAAACCAAGGCCAAAGGGAGCGCAUCGGGCGGACGGAAGGCGGGGAAGGAAAGACCAAGGCGGCGACGGAGGAGUCGGCGCCCGGCCGAGGAGACGACAGCACGGCAACGGGAGAGGAACGGAAGACGACCGAGCGGGCAGCGGGCGAGGACGCCGAGCCGGAGGCGACGGCGCCUCGCCGAGGAGGCAAGAGGCGGAGGAGGGAAGGGGCGGCGAAAGAGGCGGGCCGGCCGGCAAAGACGGAGGCCGAACCGGCGCCGAGAAGGCCGCGAGGGACGAAGACGACGAGAGCCCACGCUCGACAAGACGGCGAGAAGGGAGCCGGUCAAGGGAGCCGGAACAAGGACGGCGGAGGCGAGAGAACCAGGAGGUCGAGGAAAGAGGACGCGGGCGAGGGCGGCGGCGCCGCCAAAGACAAGCAAGGAAGCCACGUGGACGACGAGCGGCAGCGGCGGCUGGCGGCCAAGAGGGAAAGCGUCCUCAAAUCGCUGCGGGGUCUGCUCAAGGCCACGAGGGGCGGCAGGCGAAGGGAGGCGGCCGCCAAGAGCUUCACGAAGGCGGCCAUCAGAGUCAAGACCAAGCGGAUGCGGGGCCACAAGAUGCUCCAAGAAGCCAACGCCGGGAAGAAAAGUAGGCUGGCCACGCCCACGCCCGCCGUGGGAAACCCAUGCGGAAAACCCCCCGCGGCGGCGGCGGCCAAGGAAAGCGGCAGCAAACUCAUCGGCGGCCCAGAGCCGCAGGAGCCCCCCAAGAAAGACGCCAGGAAGUUGAUUGGAAAAAUCGUGAAAGCCACCGCCAAGGUUCACGUGAAGACCAUGAUGGGCGGAGCCACGCUGCCGCCCCCACAGGAGGGGGAGGCGGCGACGAGCGGCGGGAGGACGGCGGCCCACAGCUCGGAGGAGGAGAGGAAGCCGCAGCGGGUGUUGACGGACGACGAGAAAGCCGCCACCAAGCGCCGUCAUGAAAAAGACGCCGCGAAGGCGGGCGGGGCCGCGCCCGGCCGGAAGAGCGCGGGGGCCGCUGGCGCAAGGGGCCGCGAAUCCGGCGAGGACGUCCGGCAGGAGACCAAGAAGAACUUGACACCGACCGAUUCCACGCUGCACCGAAUCCACGGAGACAUCCGCAUCUCGCUCAAGAGCGACACCCCGGAUGUCGCCAAGUGUCUGGCGGCGUUGGAUCAGCUGAGCGGCAUCUACGUCACGUCGCAGCACGUCCAGCGGCACAGCGAGCUCAUCUCCACUCUGAGGAAGAUGCGCUUCUACCGCGCCAACCAGGACAUCAUGGACAAGGCGGCCAUGCUGUAUAACCGCUUCAAGAACGCCUUCCUCCUCGGCGAGGGCGACGAGGUGGUGAGCGCCGCCUUCCUGCGCUCGCUGCUCGAGGAGAAGGAACGCGAGGAAGAAGAGCGCUGCAAGAAGUAUGAAAGGGCGGCGGGCGACGAGGAAGGGGAGGUCCCCGCACACCGGCCCCCGUCAGCGGACUAGCUUCCGGCGUGGGAGAAGUCACCCGCGCCAGUCGGAAGGGACCGAGCCGCGUCCACAAAAUUCCCACGGAAGCUUGAACUGGAACAAGAUUUUCGUCUUGGGCCGACGUUUGUAUUUUUUUAACGGCUCUUGUCUCCGUUUGACGCAAUCUGUGAUCGGAGAGGUCAUGUGCAGCCAUGUCUGUCGGGCUU